AAGGGUUAAAAGCAAAAAAAAAAGAAAAAAGAUCUUAAAAAGGUAACUGACAGCUGUGACUACUUUUCCACCAUGUUGAUCAGUUAGAUAAAGUCUUUUGUUCUUUCUUUCUUUUUUUGUAGGAUGAACACUCAACCCUUAUUCGGUGGAGCUAUUGUGGCCCCUUUACCUGGCUCUUUUCUUGAUGCAAGUCAGUUUCGCCAAGUACCCGACAAUCAAGAAGUAUUUGUAGAUACAAACACGCAACAAAGUUUGAUUUUUGAACUAUUGGAGCAAGUAGAAUCAAAGCAACACGAUGCCAUCAAAUUCCAUUUCCAACAAUUAGCAGAUGAUAAUGAAGCUUCUGAAUCUACUGUUUCUUUUGUCGAUACCUUAAAUACACAGCAAGUGGCUCCUCUUUUACCGUUUGAUUCAACUGAAAUUUACAUUUUACAAGGCACUCAAAAGAUUGCUAAAUUCAAUGAAUCCAAAGCAUACAACACAGUCGAGAUUAUCAUGGCUGUUGUUCGACUAACCAAAGCUCAAACUGAUUUUGUUAUUUCGGUCAAUGCACCUAUUCAGUUAGCCAACACAAGCAGUGAACAAGAAUCUGUCAAUGACACACAUGCUAUUCGCAUUGAAGAUGUCAAACAAGAAAUGCUUCUUGUCUUGAAAGGAUUGGAAGUCAAAGACUGGAGUUUAUUUGGCUAAGAAAUAAAAUCUCGUCCCUUAUUUGAAGGAAGCCCACUGGCAGCUACGAUACCUCGGUAGUCUGCAUGGUAUAACUUGGGCGGUAAUCCUUUACCAAAUUUGUUAUUCACAUGAUUUGAGCAUAAUAAACCAG